UGGGCUCACGCAGUCCUCUCAUGUCGACUUUCUGCGGCAAGUACGGAACUUAGAUCCAGUGCUGUUCUGGACUGAUGCAGGAAUAAAGACGGCAACCAGUCGUGAAUGUUAAACACAUAGACGCCGACUUAUACGUUUAAAAAUCUUGCGAGUAAAUGGGAUUCAACGUCUUCCGAACAGAAUGUAAAGAAUUCCUUGAAGGAUGUGGGGAAUUAAAGGCUCGUGCGCUGCGCUGUUAUUGUUGUUUUUGGCUUAUAUCUCCGUGUCCUCGGUUAAUGCCGACAGUUUAUCUGCUCCGCUCAAUGUGACCAUCAAACCACUGGAGGGGAACUCGGCAAUAGUGACAUGGGACAUUCUGGAGGGAGACCCAGUCAUUGGGUUCGCCAUCACCCAGCAGAAAAAGGACGUUCGUAUGCUGCGAUUCAUCCAGGAAGUGAACACCACCACUCGUUCAUGUGCAUUAUGGGACUUGGAGGAAGACACAGAGUACAUUGUCCAUGUGCAGUCCAUUAGCAUGAGCGGCACCAGCCCCCUGAGUGAACCUGUUCUGUUCCGCACUCCCAAAGAGUCAGAGAAACUGGCCUCCAAAAGCCCAGAUGAAGUGACCAUGGAGGAGGUUGGCCAGGCCGCCCAGCUCAGGGCUGGAGAGCUCAUUAUCAUCGUGGUGGUUCUCGUCAUGUGGGCAGGUGUGAUAGCUCUGUUCUGCCGCCAGUAUGACAUCAUCAAAGACAACGAGCCCAACAAUAACAAGGACAAAGCCAAGAACUCGUCAGAGUGCAGUACCCCAGAGCACCCUACGGGGGGACUACUGCGCAGCAAGGUCUAAUUACGCCUUCCCCUGUCGGCAAUAAUAGGCUUUAGCCUCAGGACAGUGCUCUGAGACAAAACAAGUAAGCCAUCAAAUCACAAAGUUGUGAAGUCCACCUCUCAUCCUCAAUCAAACGACCUUUUAGUAUUCCCAUCGACCAACCCGAACUCUUUGGUGCUUGUCUGUUUGGCACACUGACACAAACUUGAGGACGAAAUGGACAAGAUGGUUCCAGAACUGGAAGCUUGAGACGUUUGAAGCGAGUUAUUGAGUUUAUAUCCACGGCUGCCUCAGCUGAAGGACUCAAACACAGUUGCUGUGAGCUGGAAUACCAGAGACACAGCGCCACCAGGAGUCUUCGGCUCCUGUGUAGACUCACAGAGAUAAGGAGAAACCUGCCACCCCACAUAAACCCCAAAUAAACCAGGAAGAUGUGUUGUGAAAAGGAAGCAAGAGCGUUUUUUUCUGAGCUCAUCGUCAUUAUCAGCUCCGAACCAGGAUCAGGUCUCUGACAGGGAUGAUAUUACGAUACUUCACUAUCUCUUCAUACUUGUCGCUAUCUUGUGUAUUUUGUUCCUUCUUUUUCACUUGUAGUUUCGGUUUCUUUACUCCAUUAUCCUCCCUCCAGCAGCCAAUCAUGGACAGUCUAGCUAAUUUGAUGUGGUUUAAUUGGUGCGGUGGGAUCUUUCUUCUCAGCACUCCCGCUCUCAGGGCAUUUAGGAAAUCAUCCACAGGAAAAACGAUGGACCACAUCGGCAGCGUUGCAUUCACUCACCUGCGGCCCAAUCACAGCGAACUGCACAUCAGCCGUUGACGAUGAAGAGCUCCACAUUAUAAUAGUGAUAGAAAACGUAUUUAACCGCUUGUGUGUCUCAAGUAAAUCAACAGCUUGCUGUCUCUAAUGAGCACAUUACUGUACAGUGAUGGUUAUUUUUGUCCUCAUACUACAUUCAUGAUUAGCAUAUUGGUCACGAGUAUGGCUAUUUACCGCUUUUAUGUGCCACUAUGAUAUAGAGUUGGGUGCCUUUUUUCUACAAGCUUUUCUUUUAGAUUUCUUUCUCUUUAAACAAUUCAGUCUUAAAGUUGACAUGAAAUCAAAGCAGACCCUAUUUACUUUUAUACUAUACCUUCCAAAUUUUAUCGGGAGAGAUUCUUCUUCCAGAGGUAAAAAUAAGCUUCUUUGCAAUCCAUUCAACUCUUGAUUGAUAAUCCCUUCGUUUUUUUUUCUUUCUUCUUCUUACUGGUUAAAUAUCAUUUUUAAAAGUAGGGUAGGUGAUUUCAGAGAGGCUAGCAAUAGCAAGCUAGCUUUGAAAGCAUAAGAUCCCACCCCCAAUCACAACACAAUGGACCAGAUAACCAAUCUGAGCCCAUUGCGUAUUUCUAAGGGAGGGGCUUCAUAAAAGCAGGAAAUGAUCAGUGCGUUAAUAGGAGAAGGGACAGAACGGUGUGGAAUAAAGGUAAAUUAUCUGAAAAAUUAUAUUUAAAAAAAAAGGCAACCACCCCUUUAAACCAAAUAUUCAAACAUUUUAUAUAUGAUCAUCAGAUGAUCACCUCACCAAACAGGAAAGGGUACACUCUUAAAAAUAAAGGUGCUUCACAAUGCCAUGGAAAAACCUUUGUCUAAAUGGUUCCAUGAACCUUUAACAUCUAAAUAACCUUUCUGUUUCACAAAAAGUUCUUUAUGAAAGAAGUUUCUUCAGAAUAUAAAAAAGGUAAGAAAGAGAUGACUGAAUGGUUCUUUGUGGAACCAAAAAUGGUUUUUCUAUGGCAUCACUUUGAAGAACCUUUAUUUAUAAGAGUGUAAGUGUAUUAAACUGCUAAGAUUUGUUCUUCGAAAUCAUUACUUCAUUGGUAACAUUCCGUGAUGUUGUUUUUAUCAUUUCCAGUCAUUUUUUAGUUAAAAAUAACCAUUUAAUUAUCAUCAUGAUGCAUAUCUUUCAUCUUUUUUUUUCACUAUUGUAGAGAAAAUAGUAAAAAAGCUCUUUGUAAACAAACAUUUAGUCAGUAAUUUGGUUGAUAAGACCACAUUACAAAAGUAAAAAGGGUUGUGAGCACAUUUCAUGUCAACUUUAAAUUCCCUCUCAUUAAGAAGUAUAACUUAUAAGAAGUGUUCUUUUUGACAAUUCAAGCUAAAUCUACAACAGGCAAGCAGUUUGACUACAAAAUAGUCUUGACCGUUAGUGUACUGUCUGACGGUAUAGUGUCCUUAUCACCUAGUGUCCUCACAUGUCAGGAAUGAAGUAUUGUGGGAAUGCAGGUCAGAGUUCUCGAAAACAUUGAUUCCCUCAGCUGCUGGUCAUUCGGGACUCCACACGAUCUGAGUUCAGUUCCACAUUGCAGCAGUUCGACUUUAAAG